UCCGGAGAGAUGAAGCAAUCUCUCAAGUUUGGAAAUUAGGGUUUGCAUCCCCGAAUCGCACCGAGAGAGAGAGAGAGCAUCACAUUGUGCGGGUUAGUUUUCGAAGCACACGACCCCACAUGCACACACACGUAGUUCGAUUCCAUCGAGAGCUCCAAUUCCAUUCCAUUUCCCUGGUUUGCUGUCCGACAUAGUCGGAUGUGGAUUGACACCCAUCCAGGCCUCGUUUGCAGCUGUAAACAACUCUCUCGGAUGUGGGCAGCAGGCCAUGGCGAUGGUUAGGUUUCCAGUGCUCCAAGUUCUUCUUGAGAAUACGUGGAUGUUGCGAUUUCAGAGCAUUUAGGACUAUUCCUGGAGUUUGGAAUGUUUUGGAGUGUUUAGGGUUUGUGGGCUCGAUUGAUUGUUUUAUGGCUGUGAAUGUUGUGCCGUAAGGAGAGUGCGUUAGGAUUUCACAGCAUUUGCGGUACAUUGGUGGAGAGUUCGGUGGGUGGGUGGGUGGAUAGGGAUGCAAGGGGAGGGAGAGGCGUAUUUCUCGCGUUACGGACUGCGGGGUAUGGGUCAUAUGGCUGAGGACAUUCUUUUCUGCGUGGAUGCGGAUGCCGAAAUGAAUGUGGAAAUGAAGCUGGGGACGCAGGGCAAGGGGCUGUGUCGCUUAGAUGCCAUAAAGCAAGCAAUAAUCCUUUUUGUACACUCCAAGCUCAUGGUGAAUUCGCAGCACCGAUUCGCAUUUGCCACUCUUCGGAACUCGGCUUCUUGGUUGAAGAGAGGAUUCUCCAGUGAUAUUGACGUAAUUGGCCAAGUUGUGCGUGGUUUGGCCUCUUCGGGGACGUAUCCUCGUUGUGACCUCUCAGAACUGUUUCGUAUGGCAGCUGCAGAGGCACAUCAAUCCAUUGCUUUGAACAGAAGGCUCAGAAUGGUGCUUAUAUACUGCAGAUCGUCUGUGCCUAUAGAGGUAGCAAUGCAGUGGCCGGACAAGCAGCGGCUCUUCACAUUUGAUGCCUUGUAUUUGCAUGAUAAGCCCACUCAUGAAAACUGCCCUCAAGAUGUAUAUGACUCUCUUGUGGAUGCUCUAGAGCGCGUCAGUGAGUUUGAAAGUUACAUUUUUGAAAGCAGCAGUGGAAGUGCACGUUUGCUUUUCAGGAGUAUGUGCAUACUUCUUUCGCAUCCUCAGCAACGGUGUCCACAAGAUGAGUUUGAAGCUCCGAAGGAUAUCUCCAAAAUGUUAGCUGCUGCUCCACACAACAGCACGUCAGGAAACCUUCCUGUCCCAAGGAGAGAAACUGAAGACAACAGCGGUGUUCCACGACCUCACUAGGCGCCUCUAUUUUUCUUUUUGGAUAAAUCUAACAAUGUAUCUAGAGCGACUUGUACAAAAGUAGCAAAAGCAAAUCACUUUUUUUCGUCUGAUCAUCAAACUACAUUGAAUUGCUAUGCUAUUCUGUCUACAAUCAACGAAGUGUCCUUAAAACAUGUUUGCGAUAGACUCUUGUGUUUGGGAGGGUUGGACGAUGCACAUGUUACUUUGAAGCUUUAACAUUUGUAAAGAUUGAGAGUCUAUUCCGUCUU